AUGCAACAAAAGGAUGCCGUGUCAGACCCAUUGUGACACUGAAAAAAAACAACUUAAGCACAGCCAGAACACAACCAAGGACUUCCCUGAAGGAGAGAGAGCUCAGUCUUCUCUAUGUAUUGGCAAUAUGUCUAAUGGAGAGAACGUUUCAAGGUCUGGUAGCAAAGACCAGUCCCAACCAGAAAUAGCUGAUGCUCCUUCUGUAUCUGAGUCAGUGCAUCUCAAAUGUUCUGGCUUCCUUCUCACUGUGGAAAAUGUUAAAAAACUUCAGGAAGAAUAUCCCACUACUAAAUCCAUCCUUACUCGACAGUCAAUAGAAGCAUAUAUUAACCAAAGUAAUCUGUUUCUGAAUGAGAAUGAAACUAGUACAGAAGAAAAUGAAACCAUUUCAAUAGAUUAUCAUGGAGAAGAUACCUGUGAUGAUCACAGAGAAAACAUUGAAGAAACUUUGAAGAAAGAUUUACAGACAAGAUCUCUGCCAUCUUCCGUUCAUGAAUAUCAGUCAUCAAAAAAACAUGAAGUUGCAGAUGUGGAGACUCAGACAGAAUGGAGUUACUCAGACAGAUCUGUGGAUUCCACUGAACAAAAAUCCAAACAGGCCUCAUACAGAUCUAAAGCAAGAAAGAAGCAAGAUCAGAGAAGUUUGAUUGUAAAGGAGAAAUAUGAAGGUGUUGAAAGGGAUGGCUACAAGAACGAGAUUUUGAGAAGUACAAAGAAUUAUUUGAACAAUACAUGAAAUUUGGCACAUGUACCAAAAUUAAAUUCAAAUUAUCAGACUACCUACCAAAACCCAAAAUAACCCUUAAAAAGCGUCGUCCAUCCCCCAAAGAACUACUGAAGAUAGACUUGGAGUUCAAAGCAGAGCACUUAAAGAACACGUCACAGUCUGCCCAGUCUUGGAGGAUGCCCCUGAGCUUGUAGCCCAACUUUGGGGCUUGUAAUGUAAACUGUAAGCUAUAUUGGACUAAGUCCCCUUGAGGGACUGAUGUAUUUUGAGGUAGGUAUAGCUAGGGAAUUUGCUGCUAUAUUUGCUCUUCUCGCAUCAGAAACACAACAGCUGCUUUCAAUCUGCAUUAAUCUGGUUAAUUUGAACAGGGUGAAUCUGGACCUUUGCAAUGGAUCCUACUUUGAUGAGAAAGAAAUCAGACAGAAGCACUGGAAUUGGUGGGACACCAACCAUCAUGUUCAUGGACCUCCUUUCCAGACCAUUAGCAUUCAACUGAAUGCUUACAUCCAGGUUAAAAUUAAAGCCCAGGAUCAACUCUUCCUAACAUUUACUAACCUUCAUCAAAGCCUGAAACUAAAUGUUGGUGCAAGGCUAAAGUUGAAAGAUCCAAACAUGCUUCUGUUUCUUCUACAUCCUGAAAUGGAUAGACAGCUAACCAAUCACUCCAGGAUUCUGCAGAUCAGAGGGCUCUUAACAAACUUACAGAAACUACUGAAAACAGUAUGUGCUAUUCCUGCUGAACAAACUGAUGACCUCUAUCACAUCAUAGAAGAACUGUGUGGCCAAAUGCAGCAGCGACAUAGAAGGUCAAAUAAAUCUAUAAGAAUCUGAGAAACAUGCGUAAUCAAGAAAAGAUUAUAACUUGCCCCAAGUCCUGUGCAUAGUCUAGCCAAUUGUUUUGUGUGAAACAACUCCUACCACCUUUCAGUGUGCUCAAUGAAUGAAAUCACAAUCCUGCUUGACAUUUAGGAAGAAGAUAAACAGUCACCACAAAUGUUUUUGGUUCAAAGAAAUCCAAUUUUUGUUUCUUCACUGCAGAACAGCAAUUAUUUUGCCUAGAAAACAAUAGAAGAAUCCAUUAUGUUAACGUAGCAGUGAACAGACAGCAGAAGCAGUAGUAGCAUCUUUAGCUCAAGUUUAAUAACAGAAGUUCACAGGAGGUGUUGGUAAAGUUUCAUUUCAUGCCAUAUUCCUCCUACCAUUGUAUAUAUAUUGUGUGAGGGACUGGUUUAAAUGUGGAUUAUGUCCAACCAGCAAAAUAGUUCACUGUUGUCAAAGCCAUGUUGCUGGAAAGAGUGAUGUUUAGAUAGCCCUGAAGUAUAGUCUCAUUCUGCUGCUGUUUUGUUUUAAAAAAAGAAAAGGGAGUGGGUAUUGUGAAGUCAAUGGCUAACAAUUCAAAGGAAGGUUAAGGGAGGAAUGACAGAUAGUUGCAAUUCUAAGCCAUUUACCAGACAGUAAGUACACAAUAAGGUAUUUUUUUAAGCAGACAUAAAACUGUUGGAAGACUACACUCCUUCACAGCAGGGUGGGAACUGUCUGAAUCUCCAGACAUGGCUGAACUACAGCUCCCCACAUUCCUCUCUAAUUACUUGGCAGUCCAAUCAUAUCUGGAGGACCACAUGCAUCCCAUCCUUGGUAUACUCACUGACACGGAUAUACUGUAGGCCCCAUUAAACUUGGUAUACCACUGCAUCAUUAAUAAAGUUUCUUGGAGUUGAGGCAUCCUGAUGAGACAUUACAGAUGUACCAAAUGAAAAGGGAGAUGUAUUUUUUAAUAUUAGAAAAAUAUUACCAUAUAUACCAUAUAUACAGGAGUAAAUGAUUAUACACAAUGAAGCACUGUUUCACACAUUAGGGGGACUUUUAAUUUUCAAAAAGAAAAAAAUGUAAAACCACUACCAAGAUAGAAAGAGCCUCCUGUAUUAUGGCCCACUCACCCCAUAGAAAGAAGCCACGAGAAGUUACCACUUUAAGAAAGUGUUAGCAACUGUCAGGGGUUGCACUGUCCCCCAUGAAACCUUGGAGGGUUACACCCAAAUUGAGGACAUAACCUUUACAUUUUUUUAAAAAAGUUUUUUUUAAAAUAAAUAAAUAAAUAAGUCUUCCUAGGGGCCAUGGGAUUAGUUUCAUCUCUUCUAAACAAAGCUAAAAUAACUCAGAGACUCAACAGACCACCCCUGCAGCUUCCCCUUUCCUAGCCGGAUCAGGGCUGCAACAACCUCACGCUGCAGCCCAGCCUUUCAAAGGCUCCUUUUUGCACCCUCAAAAGGGCGCCAUAGCCAUGUGUCAUCUGGACGCAGCGCUGGAGGCGUGCCAUGACACUGUAUGCCAUGUGGAGCGGUGCGCAGUGUCAGAACCCCUUCAUUCAUUUAGUCAUUCGGGGUUCUGUCAUGAUGAUGUAAAGAGUUUAGAUUAAGUCAUCUAAGUUAGUAAUUAGUUACAUGCACAUUGAUGAUAUGUAGAUACAACCUUCGCCUUGUUGUAUGAUGUGUUGGAAUGUUUGAAGGCAGACUGUUUAAAGCUGCUGAUCA